AGGCCGCAUAAAAGCGCUCAUGCGCGCUCACUUCGCUUGCGGGAGAAUCAGCAAGGAUGCUAAGGCAGCAAUAUAUGUGGCUCCACCGUUGGAUUCCUGAAGAUUAUCGCCUUUUAUGUCCGCAUUAACUGCGUCCGGAGAAGAGGUCGGAGAAUACGGUCUCCGACACCAUGUACGGGAAUUUCGUUCGGAGCAGCAUCGUACUGCGUCGGCUUUGUGUAGCAAUAGUAAUAUAAAAAACGAACAUGCCCGGAAGGAUAGACCCGGUUGUCAUUCAGCUGAUAUCGUUGCCUUUCAAAGAUAUUGCCUACUCUUCUCUACCCACGGACCCCAUUCUCUUGUCCUACUGCAUUGUGCGUGCGUUCAAGUACUAGUACUUCAUCAAAGCAACUCUCUGGUCCUACCAUCGCAGAGAUGUCUACCACACAACCCCCUCUAAACAUCCUUAUCGUCGGCGCAGGCGUCUGCGGCCCCGUCCUCGCCCUCAUACUCCAACGCAGCAAUCCUCUUCACACCAUCACAAUUAUAGAACGGUACCCCACGCUCCGCACAGGCGGCCAGCAAAUCGAUCUAAAAGCCCAAGGCAUCCCCAUCAUGAAGAAACUAGGUCUCCUCGAAACACUGCGCCCCUACUGUGUCCAUGAAAGCGGCAUGGAGUUUGUUGAUCGGAAUGGCAAGAGUUUGAUGCAGUUUGGUGUUAUGGCUGCAGAGGGGGAACGGGGGUCGUUGGCGCUGACGAAUGAGUUUGAGUUUAUGAGAGGAGAUUUUGUGAAGAUGAUCUACGAUAUCAGUCUACAGGAGAGGGAAGCGUUGGAUGCGCAAGGCUACAGUGGGAGUCUGAAAUACGUCUUUGGGACGACUAUCACUGCACUCUGCCCAGACCCAACAACAGGCACACCAAAAACAACAGUGACAUUCUCCAACGGCUCAACAUCCUCCUUCGACCUCAUCGUCGCCGCAGAUGGCCAAUCCUCACGAACCCGUCGUCUCGCCUUCAGCCAAGAAACCAGCGACGCCUCCUUCAGAUCCCUAAACAUCCACGCCGCAUACUACAACAUCCCGCGCCUGUCCUCAGAAAACAGUCUCGCACGCAUCUACUUCGGUCCGCAAAACCGCAUGGUGAUGACCCGCACGGGUGAUCGUCCCGUCACACAAGUCUACCUCUUCCUCUUGAGGAACAACCAGGAACGGGGGAGUCGCAUGAAGGAUACGUAUAAGAAGCCAGCAGCUGAGCAGAAAACUGUUUGGAGCGAGGAAUAUGGUGAUGCGGGGUGGGAGUGUCCGCGGUUUCUGAAGGGUUUGGAAGGGGUGAAGGAUUUCUAUGCAACCGAGAUUGGGCAGGUCAAGAUGCCGGAGCAGCAAUUGCACAAAGACCGGGUUGUCCUACUCGGAGACGCUGGGUAUUGUCCCUCUGCUUUCACGGGUAUGGGGACCACACUGUCGCUCAUCGGCGCGUAUGUCCUCGCUGGUGAACUGGCGCGGUGUGGCAGUGAUGUUGAUGCGGCGCUGGACGCGUAUCAGGAGGAGAUGAAGCAGCCAGUUGAGGAGUGUCAGAAACUGGGGGCGUUGGUGGAGGAUUGGAGGUUCUUUCCUGAGUCGGUUUGGGGGAUUUGGGUCGUGGGCUGGGUGCUUUGGUCGAUUUCGACGAUGAGGGUGGAUAAGGUGCUGGGAUGGUUUGCGGGGUGGUUGCCGGAGGGGAAGGAGAAGAGGUGGGAGUUGCCGGAGUAUGAGAACUUGAACCUGAGGGCGCCGAAGACGGAGUGAGAUGGAGUGGGAGGAAGAUGGAUGUUGAUGCCGUGACAGGUGUUGUAAGGUUGUGGCGGGCGGAGUUUGUACUGUAUGCAUGCGCUACGAUGCGACGAC